GAGAAAGAGAGAGAGAGCGAAAAAGAGACAACUGCAUUCACCCCACCACCAAAAUGGCAGCUCCCAUGGAGAUCCAAGCCUCAGUGCUCCACGCUGCAAAAGACCUCCGCGUGGAAACCCGCACCCUCUCCCCUCCCGCCCCGCACGAAGUUCAAAUCCGCAUCGCAUCCACCGGCCUCUGCGGUAGCGACCUGCACUACUACACACACUUCCGCAACGGCGACAUUCUAGUGCGCGAACCCCUCUCGCUCGGCCACGAAUCAGCGGGAAUCAUCGCCGCCGUGGGCUCAGCCAUUCCUCCCUCGCAAUUCCAAGCAGGGGACAAAGUCGCCGUGGAAGUCGGAUUACCGUGCGAGCAAUGUCAACGGUGUCAGGAGGGGAGAUAUAACAUUUGUCCCGACGUGAAAUUCCGCAGUAGUGGAAAGGCGUUUCCGCAUUUUCAGGGGACGUUGCAGUCGAGGAUUAAUCAUCCCGCGAAAUGGGUGUAUAAAUUGCCCGAGGAAAUGGACGUGGAUGUGGGAGCGUUAUUGGAGCCGUUGGGGGUGGCGUUGCAUGCGUAUCGGAGAAGUCUGAUGCCCAAGGAGGAUGCGACGGUGGUGGUGUUUGGGGCCGGGGCGGUGGGCUUGUUGUGUGCGGCAGUGGCCAAGUUGAAAGGCGCGAAGAAGGUCGUGAUUGCGGAUAUUGAUGCCGGGCGGCUCGAGUUUGCGGUACAGAAUGGGUUUGCGCAUCAGAGCUAUACGGUUCCGAUGCGGCGGGGGAAGGAUAUCGAGGAGAGCUUGCAGAUUGCAAAGGAGACUGCUGCAGAGGUGGGAAGGGUGGAUAGCAUUGGUGAGGUGGAUGUCGUUUUUGAGUGCACAGGAGUUCCUUCGUGUGUGCAAGCCGGCAUAUAUUCGACCAAGCCAGGUGGUCGCCUCAUGUUGGUAGGCAUGGGCCAUCCCAUUCAAACACUGCCCUUGGGUGCCGCUGCACUGCGAGAGGUGGAUAUUGUGGGUGUGUUCCGAUAUGCCAACACGUACAAAGAAAGCAUCGACAUCGUGCUACAAGCUUCGAAAUCGGCGGCGGGUCCGGACUUUUCGAAAUUGAUUACCCAUCGCUUUGCCGGCUUUCAAGAAGCGGUCAAGGCCUUUGACAUGGCCGGUAAGACGAAGGAUGCUGAUGGUAAAUUGGUAUUGAAGGUCAUUAUUGAUAGCAGUGCGGAUGUCAACGACACCGCUCGGCUAUAGAAAGAUGAAAGCUUUUUUACUUUUGAUGUACCUUAAUCGGAUGUUUCAUGCCGUCAUCAGGGUCAUUUCCAGUCCUUGUCUAUAGGUACAUGUACCUGUACAUUGCAUCCAC